UUCUACGCCGCGGGCGCCAGCGACGACACGCUGCUGACGCUGCUGGUGCGCAUGCCCGCCAUGGCAGCGGGCGCGGCCGCGGGGGUGCUGACCGCGACCAGCCUCAUGCCGGCGCCCUACCGGCCGCUCAUGGGGUCGGGCCCCAACUUGAAGACCGACCUCUGGACGGGCGCUCUGGCGGAGGGCGGCCUCACAUUCGCCAUCAAUCUCAUCGUGCUGUAUGUCGUUCUGCGCGGGACCAGCAAUCGGUUCCUGCAGACGCCUUUGAUUGUGGCCUGCGCUCUGGUUCUCGUGCAGCAAGGCGCCAAGUACACGGGCCCUGCCAUGAAUCCUUCCGAUGCCUUCGGCUGGGCCUACCUCAAUAAGACCAGUUCGGUGUCCGAGCAGCUCGUGGUUUAUUGGCUCUCUCCCCUGCUCGGGACUGUGGAAGCUGCCAUGGUUUUCCGAGGUGGGUUCGGGUCCAGACUUGAAUCCCAUAAUUGCAGCCUCCAAUCCCACCGUAACAUUGAUGUGAAGAUGGCGCCGGGUCAGUUGAUUUUAGUUCUAGCAUGUUUUCUCAUUGGAUUUUCUUCAACGAAUUCAUCAAAGAUUUAUCACCGUCGAGAGGGAUUGUUGCAUGAUGAUGAAACCGACUCCAGCUCCCAUGGGUUAUCACACGCUUCGUUUUUGGAACUAAGCUUGGGGGAGGCUGAUGCUCUUCUCGCCUUCAAGGACGGGAUCGGGAACUAUUUGGAGGGUGCGCUGGAUGAUUGGACUCCUGGCAAGCGAUCAGAGUACUGUUCGUGGACCGGAGUCACUUGCAAUCGUCAGCUGCAUGUUACUGCUCUCAACUUGUCUUCGCUGGAUUUGACUGGCUCGUUGGGCCCUUCCUUGGGCAAUCUUUCGCACCUGGAAGAGCUCCAUCUGGAUCAAAACUUUCUGCACAGCAAGAUUCCUCCGGAGUUAGGACGGCUCUCGAGGUUGCGAAUCCUGAACCUGGAAGAAAAUUGGCUCUAUGGAAGCAUUCCCAAAGAGCUGGGAAAUCUGACAAGCCUGCAAGUACUGAACCUUGGCUCUCAGGGAUCGUGGUUGAAUGGAACAAUUCCAGAAGAGCUCGGGCAGCUCUCGGAACUACGGUUUCUGAAUCUCGGAGCUGUGAAUAAUUGGUAUGCGGAGAAAGCCUUUUGGAUGACCGCAACAAAUAAACUCAGAGGCACAAUUCCCAGUUCCCUAGGAAACUGCACAAAGUUGUGGUACUUGGAUUUCUACGGCAACGAACAUCUUACAGGUGUGAUCCCAAAGGAGCUUGGAAAGCUUAUACACCUGAAGUAUCUCAGUUUUGAGCGAAAUAAUCUCACAGGAGCUGCACCACAUCAACUGGGGAAUUUGACCAAAUGCAAAUACCUUCUUCUUCGAAACAACUCACUGCAAGGGCAUCUACCCGUGGGACUUGCAAAUCUGUCUCGGCUCCUCGCACUCGAUGUGGGCUUCAACAUUUUCACUGGAAAUCUGGUCCAUGUCAGCUCCACAUCAUGGUCUGAAUUAGUAUAUCUCUCUGCACAUUAUAAUUCAUUCACUGGAACAUUUCCUGAGCUCCUUUUCUCUUGUAGCAACUUGAAAUUAUUGUAUCUCAGCUACAACAACUUCAGUGGUAAUCUGCCUGCGGACCUUGGGAGGCUGUCAAGUGCGAGGAUGAUAUUCAUGGAGGAAAACAUGUUCGGAGGAGGGAUCCCUGAAUCUUUAACAAACAUCAGCUUUCUCGCCCAUCUCUCGCUCUCCAACAACAAGUUCACUGGUCCUUUGGAUGCACUGAGAAAUUCAACGAACCUGCAAGUUUUGAAUUUGGGAAGUUCAGGUUUGGUCCAGAAUAAAUUCACGGGAAGUCUGACAAAUGCGAUGGUGAGGUGGUGGCCAAAAAUGAAAUAUUUGUACCUCUACAACAAUGCUCUGAUGGGAAAGCUUCCCAGAGCCCUAGGUAAUCUGACCCAACUUAUAGGUUUGGCUUUAUAUACAAACAAGUUUGAUGGAGGCAUUCCUGAGGAGUUGGGAGACAUGCAAAAGUUGAAAUAUUUGUAUUUGCAAGACAAUGAGCUCACUGGAAAGAUUCCCUCUAGCUUGGCGAACCUGCAGGAUGUCAUAUCUAUCUACUUGGGAAAUAACAAUCUAACAGGAUCCAUACCCCAGCAGUUGGGCAACCUCACCAAAAUCUUACACUUGAGUCUACACACAAACAAUCUGACUGGGGAGAUUCCACCGGAUUUAGGUAACCUACAGACCUUGGAAAUACUAUACCUAGUCAACAACAAUCUCAUAGGCAAUAUUCCAGUUACACUAAGCAACUGCAGUGCCCUGAAGCAGAUGAGACUGAGUUACAAUUCUCUGACAGGGCACAUAACUCACAUAAAUUUCAUAGGAUUGGAAAAUCUAUGGAUCUUGGCUCUCAACGGGAACCAAUUGACUGGGCUCUUUCCCGUCACAUUAUGGAACUGCUCGAAUCUGGAAUUGUUGGAUUUGAGUAGUAACCAUUUGUCCGCGGUGCUGCCAAAAUUCAAUGUCCUUAAUUUGCAGCUGGAUCAACCACAAGUUUACCCCCUCAGGGGAUUGAAAGUGUUGAGUCUGAGGUCCAACUUCUUCAGUGGCUCCAUACCUUCUUCAAUCUGGAAGCUGCCCGCACUGCAAGUACUUGACCUUUCUUUCAACUCGUUCACAGGUGUAUUGCCUCAGGACCUCUCAGGAUUAGUUACCUACAAGCUCCCCGCUGAGAGGAAACUCCAGGAAGCAGAGCGGCGUCUAUACAAAACGCUUACAGUAGAAGAUAUUUUUGAGGCAAUAUCACUCAGAAAAGCAGAGAACACUUUGCUGUACGUUGACGUGCAGCAUGCAAUGGCGUUGUUGGAUAUUUCUGUUGGAUAUUUUCAACUUACUGGAGAACUACCCGCGGAGCUGGGCACAUUGCACCGUCUCACGACUCUAUUCAUGGCAGACAACAAUUUCGAGGGAUCUAUCCCCGCCGAGCUGGGAGAAAUUCCUGACCUCUUGGAGCUGGAUUUAUCGAAAAACCAGUUAUCUGGUCCAAUCCCAAUGUCACUGAGCAGACUACGCUUGGGUUACCUUAACUUGUCGCUAAAUCAACUAUGUGGUCCCAUUCCUAUUGCAGAAUCAUUCGACACGCGCUUCUUUGGAUCUUUUCAGCCUGGCAAUCCCAAACUGUGUGGAGAUUCCAUAGACAAGCCCUGCGAAUCUUUUGCAUUUAGUUGCAAUGGUCAUCUUGAUCCUGGUACUGUCACUCAACAGGAAAAGUCAUGGAGUUUGUAUUUUCAUGGUGAGUUCGUGACGGCCUUUGCAGUAGGAGCUUCAAUUGGGUUCUCAACUGUCAUCGGUCUGAUCACUCUUAUACCAACCUUCAGAAACAGGUUUUUAUUUCAAAAAUAUCCAACUAUAGAUCAUUCUCAAUCUGACUACGGUCUCUUCCGCCGGCCUACUUAGAUCUACGUAUUGUCUGGUAAUAAGUUUUCAGUACUGUACAAGAAUCCAUACGACAAAUUCCUAUAGCUUAGGCUUGUAGCACGUGGGCUUAAGUAGAAUCUUGUAACAUAGCCAGCUUGCGAGUGCAGAUUACGAGAUUGUGCAACAAAGAGCAGUGAGCUCUUUCUUUCCAUUGUUUGAAUCAAGUUGAUAAUAUUGCAAUAAAGAUAAUGAGAAGUGCACCG